ACCUUCUAUUGUUCUUUGCAUCAGCCCUCCUCUUCUCAUUAUCUACUUCGAGCGUUUCAAGCUUGCAAUCAUGGCCGCCUGCGCCGCACAGUCGAUUGCGCUAGUCGGCGCCUUCGCCAACACUGAGAGCAGCAAGCUCUCAUCUUGCGCUUCAUCUGUCAAUGGAGUGCGAAUUGCCGCUGCUCCCAGACCCGCUGUGGUCUCCCACGCAAGUUCUGCACCUCGUGCCAAUUUGUACUCCGAUGCCAAGUACGACUUGAACAACUACAAGUUUGCCCCCAUCAAGGAGUCCAUCGUUGCUCGUGAGAUGACUCGACGAUACAUGACUGACAUGAUCACACACGCCGACACCGAUGUCGUCGUGGUCGGAGCUGGUUCCGCAGGUCUCUGCUGUGCUUACGAGCUCAGCAAGAACCCCAACGUGAAGGUGGCCAUCGUUGAGCAAUCUGUGAGCCCAGGAGGAGGUGCUUGGCUCGGAGGUCAACUCUUCUCCGCUAUGGUCGUGAGGAAGCCUGCACACAGGUUUUUGGACGAGCUCGAAGUCGCCUACGACGAGAUGGAAGACUACGUUGUCAUUAAGCACGCUGCCUUGUUCACAUCUACCGUGAUGAGCAAGCUCCUUGCCAGACCCAAUGUAAAGCUGUUCAACGCUGUCGCUGCCGAAGAUUUGAUCAUCAAGAACGGCCGUGUGGGUGGCGUUGUUACCAACUGGGCUCUUGUCGCUCAGAACCACAACACGCAGAGCUGCAUGGACCCCAAUGUCAUGGAGGCCAAGGUUGUCGUCUCUUCAUGCGGACACGACGGUCCAUUCGGAGCAACUGGAGUGAAGAGACUGAGGUCCGUCGGCAUGAUCGAGAGCGUUCCCGGAAUGAAGUGUCUUGACAUGAACGCCGCGGAAGACGCGAUCGUCCGUCACACUCGUGAGGUCGUACCUGGGAUGAUCGUCACCGGUAUGGAAGUGGCAGAGAUUGAUGGAUCACCGAGGAUGGGUCCCACUUUCGGAGCCAUGAUGGUGUCUGGACAGAAGGCGGCUCACCUUGCCCUCAAGGCUCUUGGCCUUCCAAAUGAGAUUGACGGAAACUACCUGUCGGGUGUUCACCCAGAGCUUGUCUUGGCAUCAGCUGAUGAUGAGACAUCCGCUGCUGCUUAAACGCUGAGAAGAAACCCUUAUCACCUGAUCAGGUUAAUACCUGCGAAGGGAGUGUGCUUUUACCGUGUUUUGCAGGGUGGUACCGUGCGAACAGCGAGGCUUUACCCGCAGCGCGGAGUGGUAAUAAUUCUUCACUCAAAACUCUGUAUGAUAAUUGUGUCUAUGGCAUUGUUUUUCCUUUUUGGUUGACCGCAGAUAUUUUUGUGAAUUAAUAUGCCUUAUGUAUGACGCAACACCCGCUAUUUCACGAAGCAUGGUAUGGGAGCUUUUGAGGCUUUUUUCACGAGUCAUGCAUAUUGGAGCAUCUUGAGAUCUGGCCUUUUCGCGACGAAAGAGUAGGGAGACAUUUGUUCUCGCCAGUGAUGUCUAGUGAAUGUGUAGAAAACUCUUAGGUUUACCAUCUACGACAUUAUAUGCUUCAGAGCUUUAUCUCUGAGUACAAAUAUGUGCAAAGGCUGUAUAUCUUUUUGAGAAAUAAAGAAAAUUGAGUCGAAUUUGAGUUGUAUUUU